AUGCUUUUGGGCCUCGGAGUGCUCUUGCAUUUCCAGUUCCUGCGGGCGCACCCCGCCGUGCGCGCCCUGGGCGCCGAGCCCCACUUCUUCGACCGCGGCUACGAGAAGGGGCUGCGCUGGUACAGGAACCUGAUGCCGCGGACUAUAGAGGGGCAGAUCACGAUGGAGAAAACCCCGAGUUAUUUUGUGACCAAGGAGGCCCCCAAACGUAUUUACAACAUGUCCAGGGACACCAAGCUGAUUGUGGUGGUGAGGAACCCAGUCACCAGGGCCAUCUCGGACUACACACAGACACUGUCCAAAAACCCCACCAUACCCAGCUUCCAGGCACUGGCCUUCAAGAACAUCAGCACGGGCCUCAUCGACACCACCUGGAGUGCGGUGCGGAUCGGCAUCUAUGCCAAGCACCUGGACAACUGGUUGCAGUACUUCCCCCUUUCAAAAUUCCUCUUUGUCAGCGGGGAAAGACUCGUGAGUGACCCAGCUGGGGAGAUGGGCCGAGUGCAAGACUUCUUGGGUCUCGAGAGAGUCGUGACAGACAAACACUUCUAUUUCAAUGAGACCAAGGGCUUCCCUUGCCUGAAGAAGCCUGAAGGAAGCAGCCGGCCCCGCUGUUUGGGGAAGUCCAAAGGGCGGCCUCAUCCAAAAAUCCACGGGCAGGUGAUCCAGCGUCUGCAGGAAUUUUAUAGACCCUUCAACAUGAAGUUCUAUCAGAUGACUGGGCAGGACUUUGGGUGGGACUGAGAUCUCACCAGGCCAUUGGCUUUCUAAGCCACAGUGGGGAGAGGGCAACUAGUCCCCUUAGCAGACCUACAGGGCCCUUUGCACAUUGUGUGCCAAGCUGCCCAGGGACUCUAGCAUAGGUGUGUCCAAGGCAAGCUUUUGGAAGACACUUCCCAUGUUCUAAUUUAUAAUGGACCUGUUCCUGGAGAGAAAUGUACACUUACUGAGUAGAGAGAAAUAUUUAAGAAAGAAAAACAAACAAACAAAACCCCCAACCCCAGAUCAGAUUAAAUAUUCUUCCAUAUAAAUCUUGCUAAUCUAUAUUAACCGGAAUGGUUUUCAGAUGGUGUGUGUGUGCGCACGUGUGGGUGUGUGUGCAGUGACAAAGGCACUAAGAUUCACAAUAAAGCUUUGCAAAUUAGAGUUGGCCUCCUAAUGCUGCUGUAAUAUUCACAAUCAGCCAUCCCGACCCUUUUAAUUAGCAGGGGAGAGGGCCCCAGACAUCAGUGCUGUGUUUAGUUCUUGGAUGCCUUUCUUGCAAAGGGACACUAAAGAUAACAACUGGAGCCAGGUUCGAAGCUGCUGUACAGCAAUGUAGGUCCAUUGACUUCAAAGGAGCUAGGUUGGUUUACAUCAGCUGAGACGCUGGCCCGGUAUAUUAAAAACACAAGUGACUCAUGAUGAUAACAUGUUAGGAGCCUGAUCUUGCCCCUCCCAUUGGAGUCAAUGGAAUUUUGACUUUAUUGGGGCCAGUAGCAUGCCCCAGUUUUAAAAAAAAUCUUAUUUACUUUUUAUUGCUAGUGUGUGUGUGUGUGUGUGUGUGUGUGCACGCUUCACUGCUUCACUCAGUUGGGCCAGUGAAUUUUGGCCUGGCUCCUCAAAGGCACCUAACUCCCUUCCACAUACCUUUGAGGACCUGAGCCUUUGUGUUUCUACUCAAUUUCACUUUCCAGCUUUUGGGCCUACACCCAGCAAGUUUGGUUUUCAGUUUCCCAUGCUUCAAGAGGACAUGGACGCCCUCCUCUUCCCAAAGCUCUUUUUCAUUAAAAUGUACAAUAAAUAAAGCAUUGUGUUCAUUAGAGUUUUGUAAAAGCCCUUUUAAAAAAGACGAGCUGAAUUUUGGAUCUAAGUCACAUUCGGUGACCUUAGAAACACUUACCUGGUUUGAUAGUUUCUGCCAGAUCUGCAAAAUUGCUAUAAAAAUUUACUAGGCCACAUCACAAAAUCGGCUUGCCAGUUCUUUUCCCCAUGACCGUACAAAAUUAUUGAUACUUUGUCAGUCCAAAUAUUAUUUGUCUUGGUGAGUGAUCACGUAGCAUAUGACAGGGUUGGACAAAAGAACUGUAAAUUGGCAAAGUUUGAAAUAAAAGGAAAUAUUAAUUCUGUGCCUAAUAAGCACAAUCGUCUUAAGCACAUAGUCAGCUUUAAAUUGGUACUUGCAUCUAAUUGACCUCAAUGGGAGUUAAGCACCUGCUUAACUUAAAGCUUAAAGCUAAGCAGGUGCUUAAAGCUAAGCAGGUGCUUAAAUGCUUUGUUGAAUCAGGGCCUUAACAGCUGAGUCAAAACACUCGUUGAAUAGAAUGGGACGACUCAUGUGCUUAAAGCUUAGACACACGUGCAAGUACUUGCAGGAUUGGGGCCCUGUUUUCAGAAUGGCACUUUGAUCAUUUUCUCUUUCCCAUUUUGCAGCUGGCUCUGCAUCUCACAUGUUGAUUUUUAUUGAGGCGAAUUUUCUUUCUGAGACUGGGCAGUGACUGGCAUUUGAUGAUCCAUCUGGUCGAACAGCGACUCCAGAGAAUGGUGUAUUUUUCCUGAUUUAAAAUAGUCUGAAAGAAUAAAAACAAUUAGCAGCAGUAGUUCUGAAAAUAUUCCAGAUCCGGUUGCAUUGUGCAUCACAUGUAAUACAGGUGAUAAAGUUGGAGACCUCCAAGAGUAAUGACAAAAAUCCCCUCCCUCCCCCCAAAACAAUUUUGCCGAAGAACAUAUAGCAAAAAAAGUCUGACCUUUAGCCCAGUGCCUACCAGUCGGUUUCCAGAUUUGCAGCCACAAAGGGCAGUCAUUGGAGGCCGGUGGAAUGAGUUCAAGUGUUCUCAUAAUUAAAGAGGGGCAAAAAAAACUUCAUUAACCUUUCAUAAUCUUAUUAGUGACUUGUUUGUCUUUUUAAGUAGCUCAUUACAUGGUUUUGGAGGGCCCCGGGCCCUGCACGGUUUUGUACUAUGUGAUAGGUCCAUUUGAUUCCAGUACAACAUAGUCUCAGUGCUGGCUAUCCUGUAUGGCAUAGGGUUGACUUGCUGUUUCAAUGGUCACAAGCCAUUGGUUGCAAACCAUUCCAGCUGCAUUGUUAAACAAAAAUGUUAAACUCUUUCGGGUAGCCAGUGUUUUCCUAGACAAAUACAAUGUAAGCAAAGAGCCUCUGCCCUUCCCAGUGCGUCCCUUCGUGUUCCAGUCAUUCUCCGGAUUGAUUUUGCAUCUGGCAUUUUACAUAGGGUGUUUUUAGUUGGUUUGCAAUACAGGUCGUUAAAGCUUCUCCCACUUCUUUGCUUUUUCUACAAUAAGAGGCUCCUCUUUGUUCUUCAUCCUCUUCAGUGUGGCAUUUCUUUUGUAUGGGUGGCACUUAAAGACUCUAAACUCAUGGCUAACGGUGAGCGUGUUAGUCGGUUUCAGACAGGAGGCUAAUCUGUUACUGCCGCAACAAACGAUGCACAAAAUGAUGCGACUCAAUGUCAGGUCCAAGUUGAACACGAACAACUCAGCUAUUUAUAUAUUGAGAGACAGAGAGAGAAACGUGAAUGUUUUUUGGUAUCCCUUGGAAAUAGACGUGACUUCUAAUUUGCAUUGUCUUUGCCCUGCUUUACAUUCCUGUCAGUUUCUAAAGCCAACGUAGCCGCAUUGUACCUGGUUAAGACGCUGUGCUAGGUUAAACAACAAACAAAAUCUGGAUUAAUUUUCUGCGGCGCUCGAAAGGCUAGAUUCACACCUGGCGUAGAUCAGAGCAGCUCCAUUGAUUUCAGUGGAACUACAGUGAUUUCAGGCCAGCUGAGGAUAUGGUCCUGAAGAGGGAAUUGAAGCAGAAAGAGGUUCAGGCUACAUGUAAAUGGCUUCUUCCCCCAUUUCCGUAGCUUUUUCUGUGAAUCAAUUCUACAGUUUCGUUCAGUUGGGUUUGUCCAGCUUUGUACAAACCGUAGAGGAAUCUCUCUCUCCUCCCCUCAUGCCCUACCCCUGCCCCUUUGAAAAUUCAUGUUAAGUGAGGCCCGAUCCCAGGUGCUGCUGCGCGCCCUCUAGCCAGGGGGAGCUGAGGUUGCUCAGCCCUCAACAGCAGGUACCCAGCACCUCGUAAAAUUGCCCCCCCCUCCAAAGUGUGCAAGGAAAUGGAAGUGCCCUCUCCGCCAACCCGCUGGGGGUUGGAUGUCAGAGCCGCUGGAGCCUGUUGUCACUUUCGCUGGCAGCGCCACAUGAUGGACUGCACUUUGCUUGUUUAGGUUUUGUUUUCAGCCACGACAUUCGACCAAAUUAUUCUCCACGAAGGGCUUUAAAGUUUCCCAAGUGCCUGUGAAAACCUGGAAACGCUGAUCGUGAUCCUAUUUCUCAGCUGAGUGGCUACAUUCAGCCAGAGCCAUAUUGAUAUGCAAAACGUCACGGGCCCCGGGUCUAAAGAUGGUUUCUGUCUGCCUUGUGAAAGGGGUAAAGCCUAGGCCUUUCUAAAACUGCACAAUGCCAUAUAGACUAUGCCAUUUAAAGCAUCUGAAGCAACCCAAAAUGUAUUGAAAGCUUGCUUUGCAGACUCAUUAAGACUACUCAAUAGGUUCUGGCAAAUACCAUGCCAGGGCUGACCGCACGGAUUAAGACUUUUGAAGUGAUACACAAACCCCUUGCUUAAACUAAUUGCUGCCCCAUGGCUCAUGAGGUCAAGUAUUUGUAUUCAUUGCAUUCGAGAGGAGCCACUUGUGGGGCUGUCCAGGUGAAGUCUGCACUUCAUUAGACCGGGACAAUAAGCUGGAAGUUCCCCGUAGGAAGGGGAAAGGUAACCAAGAUGGAAAUCUGAUGGAUCUCUCAAAGGAGAAUCAUUGAAUACAAACAAACGUAUGCCCAGCGCUGCAGGGUUUUUCCAUGAAAGAGUUCCAAAAUGGAAUCGUGGUUUUGCAAUCUAAUAUACUAAAUGCGGGGAGGUAUCCUUGCCAAAUGCUUCAUUAAGAUCUUUGUUGUGCUACCCCAAAAUGGCCAGUUCAAUUCAAAGGGAAUGUAACUUUAAUUACAUGUAUCGGUCAAGUGUGUACAAAUCUCUGUCGUUGUUUUGGUUCAGACACGAUGCUGCAGUUUUUUGUUACUGUCACCCCUGGGAGUUACUUUGAAACCUAUUACUUGAAUUCUAUGAAUUUUGUUACAGGUAUACUGAAAGAAAAAUUGCAAAGGUGACUGAGAUCAGAGAAAAUCCAUUGACAUUUCAUUUUCUUUGCCUUUAGCCCUAGAUGUGUUUGCUGGGCAGCAAAAUUUCAUUCUGGCCUACAACACUGUGGGGAUGUAUUUUCCAUAUCCUGCUUUUAAACUUUCACAAUGAAUUGAACAUUAAUAAAUAGGCCUGGCUUGGCCUAAAAUGUUUGUAUUCCUCUGUUUUGGGUAGGGGGACUUACCGCAUCAGUAAGGAAAGAAAAGCAGCAUUAAAAGGCAGAAUUGGCAUCCAAGUGAUGGUGAAUUAGAGAGGAGAUUGGAUAGUGAAUGCUCUACCUUAUAUCACUGGGGCUGCUUGAAAUUCAACUUUAUCUCUUAAGAGUUCUUCAUUGUAACACAUUGAAAAAAGCCACCACAAUCUUAGCAAAUUGCUGCCAUCAGUUAAACUGUUCAAAAGGCAACGUUAUCCUGUGACAACACAAAAGCAUUGCGCCCAGCAUGAGAAAUAUAACAUGCUUCAAACAUCCAUCAAGUUGUAUGGCUAGCAUUUCAAUGUAUGCAGAAUCAUUAGCCUAGGAUAACCCGUAAAGCCUGAGGAAUUCCAAAUUAUUCCCUUCUGUUUGCCAUCAGUGGACAGUUACUGAUUGCUGGUGAAAACCAAGAUGCAAAGUCGCCAUUGGGCUGGUAGAAUCAAAUCCAUUGAUUGAGCAGUGGUCGCUUUUGUGAUGCAUUGUUCCCCAAUUACAAGUGGGUUCCUUUUAGCAGCAGAAUAGGGAACCCAUCAUUUGUUAACACAUGUGCCUCAUGUAUAUCCUAGAAGAAAUGGCCUUGGUCAUCACUUGUUAAUGGGCCUAAUUAAAAAAGCAAAUUUAGAAAAAUUAGGGGCGAGAUUUUCUAAAGACCUCAGCCAGCUUUUUCAUUAAGGCACAACAUACCAUAGUUCCCAUUCCUCCCAAUGGGAGCAGAUCAGUGCUGACAGCAUUUGAAAAAAAAAACUUUGACCUCUUCAUUUUGGGUGUCUAAGAGGGACACUUAGAAAAAUCUGUCCCCAAUUGUGGGUACUGAGUACUUAUGAAAAUCUAAUCCAAGAUGUCUUUUCUUUUUCCCCACCAGCCAAUUUCACCUAAUUUACAAUCACUUUUAAAAAAAAAUUCCUAUAAGCCUGUGGGCAUCAAACUUGUAUUGUGAAAAACCAAAAUGCUACAGUCUUUAUUCAGGCAAAACUCCCCCAGAAGCCACUUGGAGUUUUGCCUCAGUAAGAAUGCAGCUGCCAGCUCUGGAAAUACCAUAGUAUGGUGUGAAAUUGUAUUUGAACAUUGGAAAUUUUCAGCUGGAUUGUUUGGCUUGGAUUGUGCUAUGUACUGACCAGUUAUAUUUUGAUUUUUUUUCUCUUUUCCCUAUAUGGAAGAUACAUCUUUGUGUUUAUAUUUUAACAGAGAGAGUUCUGGGCCUGAUAUCACUCUCCUUUGCUGGAGUUUUCUCACCACCUGUAAAACUUGUACAAGCAGUCUCCACUGGGUUAACAACGCUGGGUGAAAAUGUCAAAAUCUGAUCACACUAAAAAAAAAUAACCACUAUAUUUUUCUGCACAAGAUCUCUGAAAAUAAAAUUCUAAAGAAAACGA